CGGCAGUGCUCAGACACAGUCUAUCUGACAUCCAGACACUAUUAGAGCAGUGUGCAGUAUCCUGCCCGGGACCGCGCACACCUACUAGUAUCACACAGCAGCACUAAGCUCCGGAGAACAGCACCUGCGGGCUCCCGACUCCAGAGCGCAGCACCUGACGGCAGAGUGUUACCUAGCAGCAGCAGACACAGCUGUCACAUGUCCAUGAGCGUGGAACCGCGCUGCCUGUCCCCCUAUGCCAGUUGGUGCUUGGAGCCAACUAACUUUUACGACCAGCGGUUAAGCGGCUCCCCAGCCCCUUACAAGCCCAGGACCAUGUGUGAGGAGCCGCCAGUGAGCAGCAGCACUACCCUGGCAGAGCUCAGCGCCGCCACAGCUAUUUAUGACGACGAGAGCGCCAUAGACUUCAGCACCUACAUUGACUCCAUGUCAUCUGUACCCAACCUGGAGUUGUGCAACGAUGAGCUCUUCGCUGACCUCUUCAACAGCAACCACAAGGCGGGCGAGCGGGCAGACUGUGGUGGGGACUACUUAGCCAGUAUUCUGGCCCUGAGGGGCGGCCCAGCUCUUAAGAAAGAGCCCGAAUGGAAUGGCAGCGACUUGCCCUGUCAAAUAGCCACCUGUGCCCAGACCAGCAUGAGCCUCCGACCUACUCCUCCCACCUCCCCAGACCCCUGCAGCUCCAGCGCCGCUAGCUCUGCCUGCCCGUCCCCUUCCUCCUCAACCUGCGGCGGGACCGGCAAGGAGAGGUCCGGUAAAAAGUGCCUUGACCGCUUCAGCCCAGAGUACCGGCAGCGGCGGGAGAGGAACAACAUUGCAGUGAGGAAGAGCAGGGACAAAGCCAAGAAGCGCAACAUAGACAUGCAGCAAAAACUGCUCGAGCUCUCUUCUGAGAAUGAGAAGCUGCACAAGCGCAUAGAUCUGCUCACCCGGGACUUAACCAACCUCAGGCACUACUUCAAGCAGCUGCCCCCCACAGUCACCAGCUUCCUGCCCAGUCUGGGGGGAAUUGACUGCCGGUAACCUGUUGCUUGUUGCUCACCCCCAACAUGGACUAUAACUAGUGAUACCUCAAGGACAUCUCAGCAGCAGGGGUGCCUGCACAUGAACUGUAACAGACUGAGCCAUAGACUAUUACUUUACUUUUAUAAAUAUAUAUAUAUUAUUUUAGUGCAAUAAGACAAUCUGACUGUAUACAAAACAAACAUAUGGGCAUGAUGGAUGUCCUGGUAAUGAAGCUGACACUGCUGGAUUUAAUUUGCAAAGCUAUGGGUGUUAUAGUUGGGGGUGCAUUGCCUGGUACUAAGCUUUAAGUAUUGCAGGAUGGGUGACUAGAAGCAGAAUGCCUUGUAAAGCUGGAUUCUAACUAUGCGUUUAACCAAUUGGCUCCAGAUACUUCUGGAAGCCAGUGGGUUAAACAAAGCUUUUAGUGGUUAGUAAUGGGUGCUGAGGGAUAGCAACCACAAGGCAAAUUCAGUUCCAGUUGCAAGCAUAUUUGUCAAAAAUUACAAUGUGAUUGUGGUAGAUAAUAUAACAACUUGGCUGUCAGAGACCCUCUCUGCAGCCAAGGGGGGUGACAUUAAUUUUUCAACUGGAAAAUAAAAAAUCAUGUGAGACAAAUGCUAAUUUACAAAUUCUCGUUAUGAAAUUAUAUGGUCAGAAUUCAUAUCAUGUGAUAGUGGCGCAAAUUAUUUAACCCUUAUUGCAUUUCUAGUGCCUUUACAAAGACUUGUGCCUUUUCAAGUAAAAUAUGAAUUGUAUGUUUGUUCAGGAAAUUGGCUAUAAUGCUUAGCUGUUUUGUGAUUUAUUUUCGUUGUGCCUUUAGGUAAGCAUUACAGCCAAUGGCACAGGUGAUCUUUAUGAUGCACAGGCAGAAUCCUGUAGUUGGAUGUACUGUAUGGGAAAGGCACACCAAGGAGAGUGCCAAACUGAAAUUGUGCUGGUCUUCAGUUUCAUUUAUAUGAAUGUGUAGCCUUAUGGGUGUGCUACCCCUGGAAUGUUUUUAUAAUCUCUUUACACCCCUAAAACAAAGCUAAACAUUUCCCCCACUUCCUUAAAUUAUUUUUUUUGUAAUGCUAGUUUUCUACAUUCUAUACCGAUGGUGCAGCUAUGGUACGUUUAAUAAAUAUAUAUAUAUAUAUAUAUAUAUAUAUACACAGAAAACUUUGUAUUGUAGAUAUUAGGGAAAAGAAAAUGAGCAUGCUCAACAUUUUUUAUAUGACCUUUUUACAGUAUUUGUUAUAAUAAUAAAUAUCGAAAACUA